GAAAUGAUGUCUCUUGAUAUAUCUGAUAGUGCUCAAAUCUAUGCUGCGUUUGUGGUAUACCUGGACCUCUUAGAAGGGAGAAACUGGCAUGAAGUGAAGCAUGUCGGAGUAGCAGAACUGCAACUCGUAUGUUUACACGCACGUGAAAGAGAGCAGGACAGUCUCCAAGUGAUGGUGCCGGUACCAGUGCACAUAUCAUUAAGUCAUGAGAGGAUAAGAGAAAUCAUAAAGAAAGCGUCUCUCCCACAAGAUGAUCCUGACACCCCGCUGUCAGUUACCUUGGCUAUAGUUGAGUCAGAUUCCACAGUAGUCUACUACAAAAUGACUGAUGGCUUUGUAAUACCAGAUCCUCCUGACGAUACUGAAGAUGUGGACAAUAAACAGUGGAGAAAGAAAAGAAAGAAGCUUUUCAAAUGAUUAAGACAAACAGGCUUUUCUUGAACUACUGUCCUCAAACCUAAACAAAUCCAGGAACUUAUGUAUGUAAAUAAGUAGUGUGCUAGUCUGCCGUCUGCAUAUCAAGCAUCUGUUCAGGGAGAAUGGAGCCUUGUGCAGCUGCACUGUAAUCAAAUGCCAUUUAAAGUAUGAAAUGGGUCACGCUUUUGAGACAGAUUGCUCCCGACUAAUAAAUAUUCUU